AGCAAAUGGAAAUGGUUUCAUGAUGUAUUGUCAGCUAACUUAGAACAAAAAGCAGACCAACUUUGACACACACACCAAGAUCUCUUGCCAUAAACCAAGUUUUACAAAAAGUUUCAUGCAGUGAAGUUUCAACAGAAAUCUAAAAUGCAUUUUAUUGCAAUCUUGAUUGUUGGAUAUGCGGUAAUUCUUGAAACAACCUUUGCCCAAACUACCCCGUCAGAUGACACAUCAAGUAAUCAGUGCUGCCACGUCGUGCAUGGGAGGGAUGGCCUCCCAGGAGUGCCGGGAGUGCAUGGAAGAGAUGGGUUGAAAGGUGAUAAAGGGGUCAGAGGGGACAUUGGUCCAAAAGGUGACCGUGGAAGGCCAGGAAAAAUUGGCGCGAAAGGAGAUGAUGGGAUGACAGGUCAAAGUGGUCCUCGAGGGCCUCCUGGUCAAAAUGGGUCAAAGGGAGAAAAGGGAACAGAUGGCUUAUUUGGUAUGAGAGGAGAGAAGGGUGAACUAGGACUGAAAGGAGAGAAGGGAGAGCAAGGGCACAUGCUCACUGAAGUGAAGACUAAUAGAAUCGCAUUCAGCGUUGCAAUAUAUGAAAUGUAUAUUCAUAAUGCUGCCACAGAUGUCAAUCUGCUCUACUCUCAUCUUUACACCAACAUCAACAGCAGCUUUGACGAAGACACCGGAAUCUUUACCUGCCCUUUAUCUGGUCAUUACUUCUUAUCAUUCAACUCUGGAGAGCAUGACUCUACAUACAGUAUUUGGACCAAGUUUCCAAAUAUUGCACUUGUAAAGAAUGGAAUUGAGAUUGUUAAAACUGGGUCAACGAAGAACAUAAUUCUAAGUUUAGAGGAAGGCGAUGAGAUUCAGGUCAAACUAAUGAAAGGAAGUGGUUUGCGAUGUUCGGCGCUUGACAACUGUAAUUUCUUGGGCUACCUUCUUUUCAAAAAUUAGAAUCAACACCUCAUGUUCAUCAAGGAUUGUAUACCAUCGAAGUAGACGGUGAAGAAUUAUGUAACGUUUGCAACAUUUUUUGAUUGCAUGGAAUUCUCAUGUGCUCAUGUGUGUUGGUGUAUAAAUGAUAUGUAAUGAUUAAACCUUUGAUGUCAGCACUAAAAAUGAAAUAUGUACAAUAAGUGUUGCACUGCUUGUCAUUCCAAAAUGUUGACGCUCAUGGUAUAGUAUGUCAACCUAACCACACAUUUCCACUAAAGCUAACAAACUCUGGCAACUGAUGACAAAACAUUAGUAUGGGAGUGAAGUGUUUAACAGAUUUUUUGCCAAAUCCAGUUGAGGCCAAUUGUCCAGAGGCAAAACCUAUUGGGGUUCCCAAUUACCCUGACAAAGAGAAACAGUUUGGGGACAUUUCAAGCUAUUAUUUGAGAUGUUUAACAAUUUUAUUAUGUUUAAGUUAUUCCUUCUUCUUCUAGUUCUUUCCCAUACACCAUGGCAAAGGGUGCCACCAAUAAUUAUUUCCCAUCAACCAUAAACACGUUAUAUUUUCAUUGCGGAUUUUUUGGGCUCAGUACGGACUCUAAACGUAUGCAUUUUCUUUUAGUUUUAAAGGCGUAUGCGGAUUUUAUAAGUCCGCAAUGACGAUAUAACAUGUUCGUAAUGAAACACAAACAAACAUACAGUAUUUAUUUUUUGAUUAUUACUUCCGGAUUCUUCCUUAAACCUUCAUGACGAGAGUUGUGUUCUGGCAACCACUGCCGGCGAGUUUAUGUGCAAUACAAUAGUGGUAUGGUUUGACAUGUGUGGACGUGAACUCGAGUCUUUUGGCACCCUGAGUGAAUCUUAUCGUAUGUGAAUUUUGUCGUAUGUGAAUUCUAGUCCCUGGAAGUGAAUGUGAAUUUUUUUAACUCAGCUUGUUUGCCACACAUUAUUAAAGUUCAACUUUACUUCAUAGAUAUAUUUGUUGUGGUACCCAAACACAAUAAUUGGAUGUCUGGGUCAAUUUUCAUAGUCAGAUGUUUUUUUAAAAGGCAUAAAAAACCAACAAGCUAAAAAAAAAUCUCUGGAAGUGUUUCUACAGUACCAUUGCUUAUUAAUAUUAUCCAAUUUUUAAAAAACUUAAUUUAUACACACCAGUUGAUAUUUUUACUGUUAUUAAAUUAAAGCCUUUAUUAUUAUUAUAAUUAUUAUUAUAUGUUCUACUAUAGUAUUAUAUUAUUUGUGUAAGUUUAUUACCAGGCAGUGUGGCAUGAAAAUAUUGUGUUGUGUAUGUGGAACAUACCACAAAUUUCUUCUAUACACUGUCACAAAGAUCAUACAGUAUAUGUAAUAGUAUUAUUGUUUUAUUAACUCAGCUGUUCCCUGCAGGUAACAAACUUCAUCAUUAUGAUACACAUUCAUAUGAUUUUGCCUAACUAAUUUCCAAAAUAUGUAAUGAAUGUGAUAUAAGGUUGAUUAGUUCAAAUAUCUUUGACACCGAUAUGACUUGGGGAAACGUGUGAUUUCAGGUAUUUAUUAAUAUAUUCUUUCUGUUUGGUGUAAUCAGUUGCAAAAUGAUGAAUUUAUGCAGAUUAUAGAGGCUGUCAGUCCAAAAAAACGAAAUGCAAAAAUAUUUUAAGAUAAUUAAUUCUUUUCUUAUGCUAAAUGUAUAUUACAAUUAAAUUAAUUUGUUAGAAUUUAUUUGUUUUCAAAAGACAUUUUAAACUUAAAUUCAUUUAGAUAAAAGGAAGUAGUAUUUAAGAAUCUAAAAAUAUUAUUAAAAUAGGCAUAUUAGAGCCCAGUCACACUAAUAGCUAUGUUGGCUCAGGGCCGUCUUAGGCCCGCCUUUUUUAAGUGUGAACAAUCAAUAAAUUUUAAGCCCGCCCAAAGCCGACCUAAACUUAAUCCGACUUUAGGCCGGCUCAGGUCAUGCAAUGUGGGACCUGGGCCAACUCAUCUUCAUAUCUGAACAUAAACCGAACUUGGGUCGCCAAAGUCACUAUGAUAGCGGUCAAUUUUGACAUCUUACUGU